AUGUUGUGGUUUGUGGUCUUCGUCUCAGUUGUUGCUGUAGCCGUCGGUCUGUGGUACUUAUUCAAGCGAAAGUUGUCAAAUUUGGAAGAUUCGGUUGUUCUCAUUACUGGUGCUGGUGCUGGCCUGGGCCGGGUUCUGUGUCUUGAGCUGUGUAAAUACUGCAAAAAUGUGAUCGUAUGGGACAUCAAUGAAGAAGAUAUGAAGGAAACAGCCCGCCAGGCUCUUGACUUACAUGGAGUAAAGAUUAAGUGUCAGAAGGUUGACGUCAGUUGUACUUUGGAUGUCGAAAAGGCCGCUGAAGAGGUACGACGUGAAUUUGGGAGGGUAACAAUUCUUAUCAACAACGCUGGUAUCGUCAACGCGAGAUAUGUGCUUGAUCAAGCAGAGAAAGAUGUCGAAAGGAUAUUUAAAGUGAAUGUGCUUGGUCCGAUUAAUUACCAGUUCUGUCUUACACUUUUAUUGUGCACUAUACAACGACUCCUAGUUGUUCUUAUAACCGUCCAGGAUGUCUGUACCUGGAAGGCUAUUAUACGCAUAAUUUUUCAUCCAAGUCCCUGGUUUGUAGCAGGGCAGAGCCUUUUGCACUAG